CUUGAAAGCAUUUUAUGGAGUUCGGUAGCGCACUGCUGGCAGUUGGCAGCCAUGGGCGAUGCUCAGCUGUUCGUCUCAGGCUGGCUCUGGCUCAGUGCGAGAAGGCAGUGGUUCUGUGUUCCUGCAACGUUGCCAAGUGUCCGUUUUACUUCUUCUCGUCGCUACUCCUCGCCUCAUAUCGAGGGGUAUUGCUGCGGUACGUUCAACUUCAACUUAGUUUCUUUAUUAAACAUAAGUUUUUUGCAUAUUGACGGUAAAACUGCACACGUAGGCUGACAAGUGGCUCCUUGGUUAUAGGUUAUGGAUGAAAACGAAAUAGAGUCAUACAACGAGGAUAAUCCCGACUUUGAGGAUGAGGAAAACGCUCGGUCUGCGGAGAAAAGGCAACAGGAUGAAGCUUUGACGACAACUCCACCCAAGAAAGGAAAGAAAAGCAUAUCCAAGCCCAAAAUAUUCAAGGAUGAGUGGCUUGCUGACUCCACUUUCAUGGGAUGGCUGAAGAAAGUCCACGGCAAACCUCACAAAGCCGUUUGCUCCGCUUGCGAUGUUGAGUUGGCAGCGGGGAAAAGUGAACUUCAAAAGCAUGCCGAAGGGAAGCUACACAAGAAGAAAGCAGAGUCACUGAAGGCGAAUAAAUCCCUCACUGAAAUGUUCAGCCAGGCCCAGACAGCUCAACGUGAGGCUGCGAAACACUCCGAGAGGGUGAAAGUCGCUGAAAUCCAGAUGGCAGCUUUCUUUGCCGAUAACAACGUGGCUUUUCGCACCUCUACUCAGCUUGUCGGCGUGCAAAAAAAAGUGUUCAAAGACUCGAAAAUAGUGCAGGACAUGACACUCGGGCCCGACAAGUGCAACGCCAUAGUGAGAAAUGUGAUUGCUAAGGUGGAAACCGAAGAGCUGGCUGAAGAUUUGAGGAAUACUUACUUCUCAACUAUGGUGGACGAGAGCACUGACCAGGGAGCUGAAAAAAACCUGAUCAUAGUGGUGAAAUUCUUGAGCCCCCGAGCUCCAGGGAAGGACAAGCCAAGAGUUACCAUUCUCGAGUUGGCCAGACUCGACUCUACUAAUUGCUCGGCAGAGGCCCUAUGGAACGCCUAUGACAAGGUUCUUGAAAAGCAUAGGAUUCCUCAUGACAACUGCAUCGGACUGAGCUGUGACGGCGCCGCUGUUAUGGUGGGACGGCACAACUCGUUCUGGUCUCGGCUCAAGGAAAGGUGCCCUUGGGCCAUACUUAUGCCCUGCACGUGCCAUUCCGCCGCCAAGGUGUCAAGUAUUGCCUGCUCAAAACUACCUUCUCACGUGGAGCAACACCUGCGAAUGCUGUCAACCUACCUAGGCGGUAGUCCGAAACGGAGCGCUGAGUUGAGGCAAUUUCAAGAAGAAUACGAAGAGGAAUUGAAGAAAAUGUUGAAACCGGCGGCGACUCGCUGGCUUGUGUUGCAACCAUGUGUGGAAAGGUACCUUCUUCUGAGAAAGCAGAGAAGUCUUCAGGGCUUUUUUGAGUUAAGGUGCUUUGAAGAUCCGGACAGGAAGGACAAAGAUGCCCAUGAAAUCCUGGCUCAACUCAAAAACCCGUUCACGGGGGCUUACAUGGAAUUCCUCUCCUAUGUGUUGAAUGUCAUGAAUGAGUUCAACGCCAUGUUUCAGUCCAAGAGCACGCUCAUUCACAAGGUUUAUGAGAGGUCGCACGCCCUCAUGAAAACCUUGUGUCUCAAUUUCAUGAAGGAGGACUGCAUGGACAAACUUGGUGAUAUCAAUGUCACCCAUCCUCACUUCUUGUUGCCGCUGGAAGAAGUGGAGCUGGGUUUAGGCUGCAAUGAGGCCCUCAGCAAGAUUACUCCACACCCAGAUACACCUGAAACACGCCAAGCCCUCGCUCGCGACAUCACGGCGUUCAGGCAGAAAUGCUUGCAUUUCUACACCACUGCGGCCAAGGAGAUCCAGUGUCGAUUACCCCUGAAGGAUGAAAUUUUGAGGCAAGCUUCUUUCCUGGAUCCUGCUGUAUUCCUACAGCCUCGAUCUGAACCUGGAGCCUUAAAGGACAUAAAUGGUCUAAUUAUGCAUUAUAAGGAUAAGCUCAAUCUGGACGUCAAUGCAACUGUGCUGGAGUGGCGCAAAGUCCCGCACACAAUUCCUCAACGCAUGCACGAGAAACUCAAGGCCAUGCCGAUGGAGGAUGCGUGGGACGAAAUUCGCGCUUUGAAGUCAGGUGAUGACAAGCCGAUGUUCGGAAAUUUGGUGAAGCUAGCUAACUUAGUUAUGGUCCUCCCACACGCCAACGCCGAUGCGGAAAGAGGCUUCUCCAUCGUGACGGAUGUCAAGACUAAGAAGAGAAACAGGAUGGGAGCUGAAUGCCUGAACUCAAUUUGUGUUGCUCGUUCAUCUUUUCGAUCGAAAGGAAUUGACUGUGUAUCGUUUGAAGUGACCCCAAAGCACCUGAGCAAGCACAAUAAGGACAUGUACAAUCGCGAGUGAA